AUGGAUACUGAAGAGGAAAUAGCGUAUUAUUACUAUGUUUCUCAACAAGAGUAUCCUAUAAAGAUCAAAGAAGUUUCAGAAGAUGUUUCAGAAAAGACUGUAAAUGUUUCGGAGGUUGGUUCAGAGAAAGCUGAAAAGGUUUCAGAAAUUGUUUUAGAAAAAGCACCAGUUUUUGAUCAUUCAUCUGAUGAAGAAAGUGAUGAUGACUAUGAUGAUAGAGUAGAAUUUGAAAAACUUGAAUUUUAUAGAGGAUUUUUUUCACUUCAUAUGUUUAAUAUGUUGUUUUCAGCUCAAGCGGAAACACUUAAAAAUAAACAAACUGCGAAAAAGAAGAAUCAAAAGGCAGUAAAUGUUGAAGAAAAUGCAAAAUCUGAGAAAGAACAAGUUGACAAUAUUCAUCAUGAAAAGACUAAACAAGAUGAGACUUCUGAGUUGUCAUUAAACGGUGAAUACAAACCUGAAGAAAAAGUUCAAGCGGUAGAAGAACAAGUUGAAGAAAUUCCAGCUUUCAAGAUGGAGAGGAAAGCUGAUGUUGAAAAGAUACUUGAGAUGUGCUCAAACUGUGAAAAAUCAAAUUCUGAAAAUGUCAAACUGUUGAGAGAAGUACACACAAAACAUGAUAAGUCAAGUAAAACGAAUUCAUCAAAUGCAAAUCUGAGGACAAAAGAGAAGAUAAAGAAAGAAAAUUUAACUAAUCAAACUGAUGAAAAAUCAAAGAAAGUUAGUUUUUCAGAAAAAGUCUUUAUCAAAGUUUUUGAUGGCGAUGAAUUUUCUUCGGAAACAAAGGAGCUACAUAUUGGCAAUGAAUCUGGCUUAUCAAAGUCAGACAAGCCAAGAUCGGGUAAUGAAUCUGGUUUGUCAAAACCAGAAGAGCCAUAUGUUGAGGUAAAAGAUGAUAUUUCCAUUAAGACAAUGGAUGAUGCAAAUUUUCCAUCUUUGUCAAAUGGAAAUUUGAAACAGAAAACUAACAAACCCAAGAUUGGUCAGGCUUGGGUGAAUCUUUUCAAAUGA